GAACUACUGCAGUCACACCUUAGAACAAACAGGGAGUCAACAAAGAUGGACAUAUUUCUCCUGCUCAUUACAGCUGCAUCAGGGCUGUGUGCUGUCUCAUCAACUGCUGGACGUCAGUACCAUUUUAUUUAUGACCUGAAGAACAUGACUGAAGCCCAGAGUUACUGCAGAGAACAUUACACAGACCUGGCCACUACAGACAACAUGGACGACGUGAAUACCCUGAACAACAAGGCAGAUUUAAGCCAAAUGGUCUACUCUGAAUACAGCCAUCGAGCCUGGAUCGGGCUGUACGAUGACGUGGACAGCUGGAGGUGGUCACUGUCAGACAGAAGUUUCUACGGACUCGGGGAGACUGAGUUCAGAAAGUGGUAUCCUGGACGACCAGGCAAUGUGUAUGAUCGACCAUGCACAAUAAUUAAUACGGAUGGACUGUGGUACGACUACAAUUGUAAAAAACAGUACAAGUCUGUCUGCAUGGAUGUCAGAGGACCCAAUGUGACAUUUGUCCUCAACAACAAUCUCAUGACAUGGACCCAGGCCCAGAGCUACUGCAGAGAACACCACACAGACCUGGCCAGUGUGAGGAACAUGACAGAGAACCUGAAGUUGAAGGAGCUGGUACCUUCAGGACAAGACAUCUGGAUCGGCCUUUUCUGGGACUCCUGGAAGUGGUCGGAUGGAAGUAACUCCUCAUUCAGGUAUUGGAGACCAACGGAACCUAAUAGUCAGGACGAGCCUUGUGUGGCAGCAGACUUCAGCCACUCUGGACAAUGGGAGAACUGGAACUGUAACGUGAAGAGAGCAUUCAUCUGCUACAGCCAACUUAAGAAGCAAGUGAUAAAACUGAGUGUGCUGAAAGACUCCUCUCUGGAUCUGAAUGACCCUGCUGUGGUGGAACAAGUCUUGAAGCAGAUCAAACAGAGGCUGAAGGACCAGGGGGUGAAUGAAGACAUCAAACUGAGCUGGAGGAAGCAGUCAGAUGGAAAGAUCUUCCACAAGGACGAGAAGGAGACAGAGAAGAGGAAGAAGAGGGAGCUUUAAUUGCUGUGUCUGUUUUCAUCAGAGUCCUCAUGUAAUGGGUCAGAAUAUAUCUGCAACAAUCA